UUUGUUACAUUAAAUCGUGCAUAUCAUCGUUGUUGUUACCAUAGUUUUUUAUGUGGUAGUGUGGUACCAAGGAUUACCUAUAAUACAUUCAACGUUGCUUUACGCGUGUCGUUGUGCUUCAUGUAUAUUAACUGUGAAAUACUGUGUCCGAGUCGACAUAUUUUUUUUCAAUUUCUCAUUAAUAACAAAUUUAUCACGGUAUUUAUUACGGUUUUGAACAAUGGAGGAUGAUAAUAUACUUAUUAAUUUUUCUGAACAAUUUGCCUCUAAAUAUGAUAUAAAAGUAAUAGCUAAUGAUGGAGUACCCGUAAUAAUUUUUAAAUUUGAUGAAGAUAUUAUUGAAAUACUUGUAACAUCAUUCAAUACAAUUAAAAAUCAAAUAAUGAUUAAAUGUCUUAUGAAUGAUGAAUCAAUUGGAGAGAAAAUGAUAAAUCUUGAAAAUUUGUUAAGUAUUAAGUAUUUGCAAUCAAAAUUUAAAGAUGGUCAUCCUCAAAUCUUAAUAUCUCAAAGUAUUUCACAUCAUUGGAAGAUUGAUUCAAAUAAGAAUAGAGUAGAACAAAAAGAUUUGAAAAUUUGGAUGGAUGCUAUUGAAUGGUUUUUUCGUGAACUUAAAGAUAUUUGCUUGUCCGAAGAGAGUAUUUUAUAUAAGAAUAUUAUGAUAUCCAGUUUGGAUUUGAUUCCAACAUCAAAUAAUUUAACUAUUGAUAUCACUGAAAAGUUGUCAAAUAUCAAGAUGUAUGAAAUUGCUACAGAAUAUAACAAAUUUUGUUCUAAGCAUAAAUUUGUUCGUUUACCUGGACCAAAAUCAAAAAAUAGAUUCACUGCCACUUCUGAUCACAACAUGGCAUUACUGCCAUGUAUGAAAGCUAGAGAUUCAAGAUACUAUCGAUUUUGAAAAGAGUAAAAAAGCGAAAUUAAAGUUGACAUUAAGCUCUUAUAUUAAAUUUAAUUAAUUUAAUAUUCUAAUAUUGACUUCAAUAAUCGAGUUAUUGGUUUUUGAUGUAUGUUUAAUUUUUUUAUCAUUAGUUUAUGUAUGUAUUUUUUAUAAAUUAAUUUUUACUACGGUGUAUCCAAAAUAUUUUUGUACUUAAAUUAAAUUACAUUUUGUGAUUAGAAGUGUAACUGUGUAACUGUGU